CCGCUCUCCGGUGUCCGUUCCGUCAGAUUCACCGCUCCUCCGCCGUCCGGUGUUUCUCUACCCCGCGGGCUCCGGUCAGCAGCAGCUCCCGGUCAGCGGCGGUACAGAUGGCGGGCCCGGUGGUCGCCCGGUUGGAGGGCCGCGAGUUCGAGUAUCUGAUGAAGAAGCGCUCGGUAACGGUGGGCCGGAACUCCUCGCAGGGCUCGGUGGACGUCAGCAUGGGCCACUCCAGCUUCAUCUCCCGCCGACAUCUGGAGAUCUUCUCCGCCGGGGAGGACGGGGCGGGCGAGUUCUACCUCCGGUGUCUGGGGAAAAACGGCGUGUUUGUGGACGGAGCGUUCCAGCGGCGCGGAGCCCCCCCACUGCAGCUGCCGCGCGCGUGCACGCUCCGCUUCCCCAGCACUAAUAUAAAGAUCAGCUUCACGGCGCUGUGCAGUGACCAGCGGGAGUGCAGGGGUGCGCUGGAGGUUCCGGUGAAGGCGCAGAUCUCCCCGCUGACCAUCAGCAUCCCGGAGAACAUCACACACCUGCGCAGCCCGCUGCCCUCGCCCACCGGCACCAUCAGCGCUGCUAACUCCUGCCCGUCCAGUCCUCGCGGUGCCGGCCUCUCCAGCUACCGGAUGGGCCGUGGACUCACAGCCGAGCUGAUCAACGAGAACUCACAGUCCGAGAUCGACAAGGAGGCAUCUGGAGGAGACAGCCCCAAAGAUGACUCGAAGCCGCCAUAUUCGUACGCUCAGCUGAUAGUUCAGGCGAUCACGAUGGCUCCAGACAAGCAGCUGACGCUCAACGGCAUCUACACACACAUCACCAAGAACUACCCAUACUACAGGACGGCCGACAAGGGCUGGCAGAACUCCAUUCGUCACAACCUGUCGUUAAACCGCUAUUUCAUCAAAGUGGCGCGCUCUCAGGAGGAGCCGGGGAAGGGGUCUUUCUGGAGGAUCGACCCGUCGUCUGAAGGCAAACUGAUGGACCAGGCCUUCCGGAAGCGCAGACCCAGAGGAGUGCCCUGCUUCAGGACGCCGCUGGGGCCGCUGUCAUCCAGGAGUGCUCCGGCCUCUCCCACACACACCGGGGUGCUGUCGGCUCACUCCAGUGGCGUUCAGACUCCAGACAGCUCCAGAGAGGGGUCACCGCUGCCCCUGGAGCCCGAACCCAGCGCCGCUGCAGCCCCACAGCCCAAACUGGCCGUCAUUCAGGAGUCCUGCUUCACCCAGAACACACCAGGCUCUCCGGUGCUGAUUGCGGUGCAGCAGCCGCUUCAGCAGAGCCUCAAACCCGUGAGCUUCAGUGUGGCCACACCGGCGUCCAGCGCCGCGCCGCAGCCCGUCAUGCAGACGCUGCACCUGCUGCACCAGAUCCCGGCGGCGUGUGUGUUCAGGGCGGAGCAGCAGAACGGGGACGCGCAGGAGGUCAAAGUGACCGUGGAGCCGGUGCCUGCGGUCGCUGCAGCUCCAGGAGCCUCCAGCCGUGUCCUGCAGCCGCUCGCUGUCGCACCGCGGGGUCAGCACCAGCUGCCCGUCAAACCCAUCACGCAGAACGGCACGCAUGUGGCGGCGGCGGCGAUACAGGGCUCCGCCAGCACCGCGAGUCCGCUGCACAUGUUGGCGACUCACGCCUCCGCAUCAGCAUCACUACCAACCAAACGACAGAACGGAGAGCAGGUGGAGCAGCCCGACAGCAAACGGCUGAAGAUGGAGGAUGGAGACGCCGGACAGCAGCAGGACCACACUGACUAGACAUCCAGUAACCUCUGACCUCUAACCUCCACCCAUGAUUUAGUUUCUCCACACCUGCUGCACCGCUUCACCUGUUAACGAAUCAAGGUGCCAAAUGGAGAGAUGAAGCCGUUAGGCAGGCGGUGACGCUGAGCCUUUUACAUCAGUAGGUAAAUACUCAGAUACACACACACACACACACACACACACACACACACACCUAUAUGAUUAUAGCCUACUUGAAGAUGCAAGGUCUCGAUUCCUCUGGGCUGAACAUGGAUGGAGAGCAAACAGACGAAUCCCUCUGUGUUCCCUGAACAAACCACCGGCCAAUGACGUAUAUGAAUAUUUAUGUAAUUGUCACGCAUGUGUAUCAACCGUGUGUUCGCGAAUCCCCCGUUUAGACCGCACAGAAAGCACCCGCCGGCUCUUCAGAUGUGAACCUGCUCAUCAUGUCUGCUUCAUACUGACACGUGGACACAUCAGCGGUUUCCUCUCCGGCUAAGGGAAAUCUGGAGUUUAUUUCCUGUAUCAUGGCAGCUACCCCGUCCACCACCUGAUGCAGUCUUCAGUAGAUAUAUGCAGUAUUUUGUCAUACGUGUUCUUUAGGAUCUGCGUGUGUUCCCUAGGGCACAAAUACACAAGAGUGCUGGAGGGAACUCCUCUGCCUUUGUUUUCCAGUUUGCUUUGUUUUCUACACGUGGACUUGUGCUCAUGGAGAUGAAUGUAGCUCUUCAGUUGUAUUCUUAUAAUUUUCUGCUAAAUGAAACACUAUAGAGGGUUGGAGAUACAGAUCAGACGAUGUUUACUCGCGUCCUCCUCUUCAUAUUUUGCCCAGUACUCUAUGAGAUCAAUCUAUUUCCAUUUGUACUCUGUUCAGAUAUAUCCGCUUGCAUGAACGUGUUGAGAAGAUGUGCUGUCUCCGGUUGGCUUCUGGCCGCAGGACUCUGCAGAAGACGAAAGGAAUAAUGCAGAUGAAUAUUUCCUAGGUCUGGGCGCAUUACUGCACUUAUCUUAGUUUAUGAUGUUGAUUUGCUCCCUGUUGUUUUCCUUUAUAUUGGAGAUGUCGUCGGCUGUGUUUGUUAUCUUUGUGUUGUCUCUUUGCCUGUUAAUAUAAUUUUAUUCUGUUCAUGCAAACUGAAAGUACACGGAGAGUACACGCUCCACCAGGAUAGUAAGUGGUAGAUGUUGUUCAGCUUCAGUGGGUAUAUGCAUUUUUUAUAAAUUAAAUGAGAAACUCCA